AUGCUAGUUCCACCGGAUAACUUUGGCCUUGUAGAGCCUGGUAUUUAUAGGUGCAGUAAAUUAGAACCUGAGCAUUUCCCAUUCUUAGAGACCUUGCAAUUAAAAUCAUUAGUAGUUCUAGAUGCUGAAAAGCCUCCACGUUUGCUAAAGAAUUUUAUUGAGGCUAACAAUAUAGAAAUAUACAACCUUGGAGGAUUAAAAAUAUCAAAUCAUAAUCAUACAGGUGCUAAUUCUAGUUCAAAUAAGGAUGACAAUGAAGAUGAUGAUAAUACAGAGACCUCUUCUACAAGCAGCAAAACAGAGACGGGAGAGUACAACCUAGGAAAGACUGAAAUAGAAACUAUCAAACUCACCAGUAAAAGCAAGAACGAUCAAUGGAUGUUGAUUGAAAGGAAUAUAAUAUCGGGUGCAUUUGAAUUGCUAUUGAAUAAGAGUAAGCACAAUAUCUUACUAAUUGACUCAACAUCAACAUUAGUUGGCAUACUAAGGAAAAUUCAGAAGUGGAAUUUUAAUUCAAUUAUUAACGAAUAUCGAAUAUACUCUGGUAACACAAAUAAGAGUAAUUACUACGCUGAAAACUUUUUAGAAUUAAUACAAACGGAAUUGAUACCGUUCGAAAUUGAUCGUUUAAAUUCACUUUUAAAACAGCAAGAACAUCAAGAAGAACAAUUGCAACAAGAACAGCGUGCUCCGACUCCGCCAUAUCAAUACAUACCAAAUAAAACUAGAGGCAUGUUCCGAAGUCCUGAUUUUCAAAUACCAGGCUCAAGAAAAAAUUCCAUGGAUAGCAGCCAAUUCGACCAUCAAUUUGAUGAUGAAAAUGAUAACGAAAGUAUCGAUGAUGAAGAUAUUGACGACGAACUAUUGUCUGCAUCACCUCAAAUUCCAGCAAAUCUUUUGAAGUUGGCUGAAAUGAGAAAGCAAGAUAAUCCUAGAAAGGAAUCAAUAGAUUCAACAGGAUCGGAUGAUGAUAAAUUUACUCCAGGAACAUCUCCAAAAUAUGUUAGAUCAAACAGAAAAAACAGUUUUAAUAAUGAUAUGAUCCUUUCUGCAUCAAGAGGAAGUUUCGAGAGAAGAUAUUCAUUGGCUGAUAAUAAAUUUGUCCGCCCAGGAAGUUUCAGUAAUGCAAAUCAUAAAUUUAGAAAUCAGAGUAUCAGUAGCUCAAUACCCUCUUCAAGAUGUUCCUUUGAAGGUUCUCUGAGCCUUAUCAAACGAUUAAGAGAAAAAGAAGAUAUGGAAAAAUCUAAGGAUUUAAAGUAUUCAAAAUCCAUUGAUAUUACGCCCGAAGAGGCACAAUCAUUACGAGAAAAUUACGAUUACAAGUUCUACAAGAAAUUGGAUAAAUAUCCAAUAAGUUUUGAAGAUGUUAGUAUCAUUAAGCUUAAAUUGCCCCCUGAUAAUAAAUUGCCUGGCUGGUUUAUAAAGAAUAGAAAUUGUUGGGAAGAGAAUUUCAAAGUAUUGAAUAGAGUUUAA